CUGCCGGCCCCGGCGAGCCCCGCUCCCGCGGCGCCGCUCGUCGGGCUCUCCGCCGGGAGGGACGGCGGCGCCCUCCUUUCCCCCUCCCUCGCUCCCUCCCCUGCCGGGUGGCGGGAAGGCGGCGGGGCGGGAGGCGGCGUGUGAGGACGGCGGGCGGAGGGGAGGCAGGCGGCCGAGCUCCGGCGGAGGGCGGCUUCCUCCGGGGCUCGGCGGCGUCCGGCCGCGGGGUGGGCGCAGCCGAGUGCGGGGGCGACUCCCGCGGGCCGGGCAGCGGUGUUGGGGGAUUUUUUUUUUUACAAGGGGGGAGGGCGGGGGGGAGAGAACGGGGACUGUCGCCUCCGCCUCUUCCUCAGCUGUAGCCGGGGCAGCCGGAUCGCGGCGGCGGCGGCUGCUGCUGCUGCUGCGCGGGGGGAGCGCGUAGCGGAGGGAUGUGGGGCUUUGGGGGAGGCAGGAUCUUCGGGAUCUUCUCUGCUCCCGUCCUGGUGGCCGUGGUCUGCUGCGCCCAGAGUGUGAACGACCCCGGCAACAUGUCCUUCGUGAAAGAAACUGUGGAUAAAUUGUUGAAGGGCUACGACAUCCGCCUACGGCCGGAUUUCGGAGGUCCGCCCGUCUGCGUGGGGAUGAACAUCGACAUCGCCAGCAUCGACAUGGUUUCCGAAGUCAACAUGGAUUACACUUUGACGAUGUAUUUUCAGCAGUACUGGAGAGAUAAGAGGCUGGCUUACGCUGGCAUACCUCUCAACCUCACGCUUGAUAACCGAGUGGCAGAUCAACUCUGGGUGCCUGACACUUACUUCUUAAAUGACAAGAAAUCAUUUGUGCAUGGCGUUACUGUGAAGAAUCGAAUGAUUCGCCUUCACCCAGACGGAACGGUGCUUUACGGCCUCAGAAUCACAACCACUGCAGCUUGUAUGAUGGACUUAAGAAGAUACCCAUUAGAUGAACAGAACUGCACUCUGGAAAUAGAAAGCUACGGCUACACAACUGAUGACAUAGAGUUCUACUGGAGAGGUGGAGAUAAUGCAGUCACUGGUGUGGAGAGGAUUGAGCUUCCUCAGUUCUCCAUCGUGGAAUAUAGACUGGUGUCAAAGAAUGUUGUCUUUGCCACAGGUGCCUAUCCAAGACUUUCACUGAGCUUCAGGUUGAAAAGAAAUAUUGGAUACUUUAUUCUUCAAACCUACAUGCCCUCCAUACUGAUUACCAUUUUAUCAUGGGUGUCAUUCUGGAUCAAUUACGAUGCAUCAGCAGCAAGAGUUGCCCUUGGAAUUACAACUGUGCUGACUAUGACAACAAUCAACACUCAUCUGCGAGAGACUUUGCCUAAAAUUCCAUAUGUUAAAGCCAUUGACAUGUAUCUUAUGGGCUGCUUUGUAUUUGUCUUCUUGGCCUUACUUGAAUACGCCUUUGUCAAUUACAUUUUCUUCGGAAAAGGCCCUCAAAGACAGAAGAAACUUGCAGAAAAAACAGCAAAGGCAAACAACGAUCGCUUGAAGUUUGAAGGCAACCGGGUGGACACCCAUGGAAACAUUCUGCUAACAUCGCUUGAAAUUCACAACGAAGUGGCAAGCAACGAGGUCACCACCAGUGUUACGGAUGCCAGAAAUUCAACAAUAUCCUUUGACAACUCAGGAAUCCAGUACAGAAAACAAAGCUCACAUCGUGAAAGCCUUGGAAGGCGUUCAUCAGAAAGAACAGGCUCCCACAGCAAGAGGGGCCAUUUACGAAGAAGAUCUUCGCAGCUGAAAAUAAAAAUCCCUGAUCUAACAGAUGUGAAUGCCAUUGACAGAUGGUCAAGAAUGGUGUUUCCAUUCACAUUUUCUCUUUUCAACUUAAUUUACUGGCUCUACUACGUUAACUGAGUGACUGAACUUUUUUAAAGGACUUCAAUUAUAAUAAGUGAAGUAAUUCUUGCCUGCAGAGUUUAUAUAUAUUUAUAUAUGAAAUAUAUAUAUAUAUGAACUUUUACUAUGUAGACCAUACUUAUGUAUGUGUGAAUACAUAUAGCAAAGAGUUGUGUGCAUGUAAAAGCACACUCUGCAAAGCAGAAGUAUAUGUAUGCACACACACAUGUACACAUUCAUUCUGAGGUUAUGGACACUUUAACAUAGAAUGCACUUCAGAGGAACUUUUUAAAUCAAAAGGCAGUUGUCGUCAAAACAAAAGCCUUGAGAAAGUAAGCGUUGUAUAUUAUCACUACAAAACUUUGAUGGUCAUAGAAAUUUUCAAACAGCUGUAAUCGUGUAUGAAGUCAGUAUUUAGUAACAUUGUUUGUAGAUGCUGCCAUACACACUAAUCAUAAAGUGACAGAGCUACACUGGUGAGUUUAAAAUAAGUCAUUUGUAUUGCAGAUACAUCAACUACAAUUUCAUCAAGCCAAAUUUAUUUUUCAUUGCUAAAAUUUCUUUGGUUUAUAUAUUUCAGAAUAUAUUUUUUCCAAGUCCUGAAUGGGCAUCAUUUUUAAUGAUUUCUUGCUUUCUCUUCUGCUGUAAGCAAACUGAUCAUGGGAAUGUUGCUCUAGGUCUUUGGAGACAUAUUCAUGUUCAUAAUAUUUCAAACAAGCAUUUUAAGUGUCCAUCAACAGUGAAACGAAUCUUUUGUAAGUACUGUAAAUGUACAGCACAUUUUCCUUCCCUUGGACUGAUUCCAGCUGCCAUGUCAUUUUGAAAGAGAACAGCACAUUUUUAGUAUAAUUUAGCUGAGAAUUCAACUACUGUCAAUGUGUUCUACAUCUGCUGUAGAUUUAAAGAUUGUUAUUCCAGUGAAAGCAUAGAAGGUGUCUCAGGUUAUUUGCUACUUCGACAUGAAACCACCUAGUUGUAGCCUUUUUUAAACAUGCAUUCACAUUAUUUGACAUUCUUAUAACAUUGUAUGUUAAUGUAAAAUAUCUUUGCAUAAUAUGCAUAUAAGUAUAUUUUCUCAAUAUUUUUCUUCCCUGUGCUUGCUGUUGUGACUGCAUGCUAUGUCAUAUUUUUGUUUCUGUGAUGUUACAAUUUUUAUUCUCUAGAAUUGAACAAAUAGAGCAUUUCCGAUACUUUGAUGCAGUAAUGGAGCAUUUUCAUAUUUUAUUUAUAUUCUGAAAGUAUAUACGCAUACACUUACGAAGCUAGUGUGCUGCCAUCACAGAUCACAAGAAAUAGCUAACAGUAUGUUUUGUUUCAGCAUCAACUAUGUUCAAACAUAUCCUUCAUGCAAAUGUGACCGCUUUGGUUUUCAUCCCGAUUCAUUUCCUCACCGGGACUUUUUUCAGUCUAGUAGAUUGUAGUCAUCAAGGUACGCCAAUUUCAGAUCUGUAAACUUAAUUUGUUAUUUAUCAGAACUAAACCUUUCUAAAGAAAAGAAGAUAUAUUUUUUGUAAAGUGUUUCUAUCAUGUACAUUCACAAAUAACAACAGAUACAGUAGCAUAAAUAGAUCUUAAAAAAUAAUUCAGGCAUGGCCCUGCUGAUUCUCUGCAUGUAGAAUUUUUCUGGACACUGAUGGAAAAUUUUGGUAGAUAAAGAGCUUUGGAUGCUAGUUAGAGACAUCUAUGGGAGGAAAAUGUGUGGAUAUGCAUCUACAGAAACAAAAAAGAGAUGCAAUUGAAAAGGCUGCCUUGGCUCUGUAAUGACCCACGUUCUCCCUAGUACUCGAUUUAUCUGUGAGUAGAGCAAUGAUACUUGUGUUGCUGCUGUGCAUGGUCCAUUACUCUUCCCACCCCUGACUCUUUGCAACUGAACUCUGAAACUUUGCUCUGGGCUGAAAUUCAGCAUAGACAAACCUGGGUUGCAAAGCCUGAGUUGUGAUCCCAUCCUUGGGGCUGCUGCUUGGACAGGAACGGGCUCUGCAGAGUUUCCCUGCAGCAGAGCUGCAAUACCAUCCCCGCCUGGUCGCCUUCACCGCAGCCCCGGCUGCCGGCGCCGACGGGAUCAGCUCUGCAGUCCUGCUGCAUCCUUGGCAGUGGUGCAAAGUGGCUGUAGCUGCAGUUGUUAAGCACUGUAUCUGCAGAUUGCUCUACAGUAUGAAGAGCCUCAAAGGAACCCGUAUAGCUGGAGCAGAAAAACUUGGUUUUUAAAAGCUCCUCAGUAUGAACUCCCAUUGGUAAACCGCAAUGUAUUGUGAGCUCUCUAAUACCUCUUCAGACUGUGAAGGGAUUAUAGAGCACAUUGGCAUCGUUAUAAUCAAAGUAACUAAACAAUUAACAAAGUACUGAUUAGGUAGAAUUGUUGAAAAUCCCUCCCAAGUUUUUUUCCUAAUAUCAAAAUUUAAUUAAGCAAAAACAUCUGAUUUUAAUAAAGCUUAAAGCCAUUAGGCUUUGCCUUGUAAAAAUUACCCUAAUGAAAUGAUAUUUGAGCAAGUCUUUCAGUAAGGGCCCAAAGCAACUACCCUGAAAAAUGGGAUUCAAUAAGAGGGUGGUUCCACCCUCAUUAGUUAAUCACAAUUCUGUUUUCUUCAAGCUCUAGCUCCUAGAAAUCAUGUGGUCAGUCAGGGACCUUCAACAACAACCAGAAGAUACUUUUUAGUUGUGAUAGAAAUGUGUACACCAAGUCCCACAAAAAUCAGUUCUCUGAUGGCUUCAGGCAGGAUAUCCAAGCAGAUGGAAAACUACUGUCUGGCCAGAGAGAAGAGGCAAUGUAUCAGUUCAGGACAUGCAUGGGCAAGAGAACUUGGUCUCUGAGGACUCUCCCUUUCUUACCCAUUGCACAACUGCAGGCUGGUAUGUUACUGCAGCACCUUUCUUGAAACUAUACUCCCCACUUGCCUCUCAUCACAAAAAGUGGCCAGUUGCAGGUUUCAGCUUUUUCACAAGAUUUCAUGUUCAUCAGUCUAGUUGAGUUCCAUGGGACACAAGCAGCUUGAAUCUUGAAGAACAGCUCCAAGUCUUUGUUUGACUUGAUAAAAAGCCAGGAAAAUCACACUUAAGGUUAACACUUUUUCUUUAACACGCAUUUUUGUGCCUUUUUUUGCCAAUUCCUUUCCUCCAGUCCCAGCACCACUUCUUGCACACACACACACAACCAUGUGUUAAGAACAGUGUUUGCCUUGACCUCCCAUUUUCUGGCUCUUGUCCCUGAACACUAGCUACAGUGUAUGGAUUUAACCAUAGAUGGCUUUAAGACUAAAAAUGGUAAUUUCAACCAAAUUGCACCAGAGUAAUGUAUUUCAUAGCUAAUUCAUUCCUUUCUAACUAAACACUACUCUAAACAACAUUUACACAUCGUUUGUUUGUUAAAGGCAUUAAAAAGAGAAAACUGGAAUUAUCUUCUGUUAUAGCUCAAAGGGUCAAUAAACAUUAGAAAUAUUAUGGUGAUUUAACUCUAGGUUGAUUUCAUGCCAUUGUAAAGAUAAACUAAAACCCAGUCUUUUUUUUGCUGAAGGCACAUCUAUGUACGUUUGGUAUUCUUCAGCAGUGAAAAAAACAAGAAUAGUAAAUUGGAAUGAUGAAGAGAUGCUUUAUGAAAAUAUUGAUGAAUGAUUAUUAAUUUAUUAAAAAGCAUUUAAAGACUAUUUGCUUACUUUUUUCUUCUGAGGAUGGAGGGAGUGUGGUGACUGUGUGACUAAAUUUUAAUGUUUAAUUUCAUGCUAAAUAUCAUGUAAGGGUUAGUCUUACACAACUUUAAAGAAAAAACUUUAAAGUAUUUUCUUAUCAACACACAAGUAGCAAAAGGGAUUCUUAAGCAUUAAACUACUAUAUUUCCUAAUGUUUUUUAUGGUAGAUUAAGGAAUAUGGAAAAAAUUACAUCCACCGACUUAGCAUGAUUCUUAAUAGCAAACCAACCUCUCUUCAAGCUGGGCCAUUGCCAGAUAAGAGCAGAAAGUUUGUCUUCUGCUUUGUAUGAAAGUUUUACCUACCCAGGAAGCAAAAGAACUUUUGAUAUCAAAACAAGACAGUGGUGUCCUGUUCAUUUAUUUAAUUAAUUAAGUCAUAAAUAUUUCAAAACCAAAUCAAACAAACUUUCUCCAGCUAUGGUAAUUUCAUCAGGAAUGCUAAUUGUGUUCAUAACACUUUUUAUUGCUAAGUAUUAAUAAGCUAUUUUAGAGGAGUCAGGAUAUUAACAGAUUCCAAGAGGGGUUUUUAAAGUAAUCUUGACAGUAGUUCACCAACCCCUUCCCUCAAAAACAAAAAAUACCCUGAAGAUUUGUAAAGCAGACUGACCUCAAAACAAAUUGCCAUGCUUUGCAUUUGAACGAAUUGUCACACACUUGGUUAAAUCACAUAGUAGCUAAUGAUACAUGUCACAACUUUUGGGAGCAGACAAAAUAUUCAUCACUGUAGAUGUGAUUGCAAGGCCUUUGAAGUCAACAGAAAGGCUCCCUCUGAUUUCAGCACACUUCUGCUCAUAUUUAGCAACACUUCCCAGAUCAUAAGUAACAUCUAUUUUCUGUUUAUUCUCAUCCAGCAUGUAUUGUGGAGUAGAAAAAGUUAAUGAUGUGCCAAGCUGAGUUUUGUGAUUGGGAAUACCUGGUAAGAGAUGUGUUUCUUUGUGUAUAUUUGAGCUGGUGUAUGGAUAAGCAUUAUCAAUUAAUUGCUUAAGUAUUACUCAUUAUAUUAAAGGAGUUCAGGUUGUAUUAGAAAUGAUUGGCUGUUUUCCCCAAAUAAAUAUGGUCAUAUUAUCAUCAA